AUGCGGCGCAUCUCACUUCCCGAAUUGCUCCUCGCAGCAACCACCCUUUCGGCCUUUGCCUCCGCGAGCCCCAGGCCCCGCGCCUCGGAUGACGAGGACGACGACACGCCCCUCCCGCUCGUCAUCUGGCAUGGCCUCGGAGACUCUUUCGCCGGAGACGGCAUGAAGUCCGUCGCAGAGCUGGCCGAAACCGUCAAUCCCGGCACCUUUGUCUACCAAGUUCAGCUAGGCGCCGACCCCAACGCCGACCGCACGGCCUCCUUCUACGGCAACGUCACGACCCAGCUUGAUGAGAUUUGCGACGCCAUCGCCGCCCACCCCAUUCUUUCCACGGCGCCCGCCAUUGAUGCGCUCGGAUUCUCCCAGGGCGGCGUGUUCCUCCGCGGCUACGUUGAGAGGUGCAACAACCCGCCCAUCCGGAGCUUGGUGACGUACGGCAGCCCCCACUUGGGCAUCUCCAAGUUCCGCGUCUGCGGCGACAGCGAUCUCCUUUGCAAGGGCGCCAUGGCUCUGCUCAAGUUCAACACUUGGUCGGACUUUGUCCAAGGAAAGGUGGUGCCCGCUCAGUACUACCGCGAUCCGCUCGACUACGAUCGCUAUCUCGACAGCUCCAACUUCCUCGCUGACAUCAACAACGAGCGACUCCUGAAGAACACUACGUACAAGAAAAACCUCGCGACCCUGUCCAAUUUCGUCAUGGUCAUGUUCCAGGAAGAUGCCACUCUGAUCCCCAAGGAGUCUUCCUGGUUCCAGGAUGAGGAUUGGCUUGGUCUCCGAGAGCUCGAUGCCAAGGGUGCUCUCCAGUUCCGUCGGGUGCCCGGCGAACACAUGCAGAUUAGCGAAGAGUCGCUGAAGAAGUCUAUGUCGUCCUACUAUGGCCCCAUUGGCAAGAAGUUCGACCAUGGCCGCGGCGAGGAGGAGACUGAGCAGAUCUCCCAGGAGCUCUAA